GAUUAUGUAAUGAAAUCUCUAUAACCUGCAUUAUUUGUUUCUUGUCUGUGCUCUUACUUGUUCAAUGUUCAUCCUGAGCUUCCAACUGGCAUACAACUGCAGGGCAAGUGUACAACUGGAGACGGUAUGUUCUAAGUCUAUCUAUAUGUAAAUGAAUAACUCUUAUAAUGAUCCAUCAGUUGAAUAUGUACAGCUGUUCCAUGUUAUGAUUGAAGUAUUAUCUGAAGGUAAUCCAUUUUAUCAAUGCAACACUCUGAAAUGAGAAUUGUAUCACUGUAUUGUCUGUUCUGUUUUUGUGUCCAUACGAUAUGAGUGCUAUCCUGAGAUUCCAACAUGGUCAGAGUCCAGUUAAUCCAGCCUGUAAUUCAAACAAGUGAUCAUCAUUUUCAACGCAACAUCUCCCAUAAUUGCUCUUCUUUCUUGAGCUAGUAAACUUCACCCAGCCAAGUCAUUCUAAGCCAUCCAAAUCAUAAUGGAUGCUUCCAAACAUUAUAGGAAGCAUCCACAAAGACUGCCUGCAUCCAUCCAUUUGUCUCCUAAUAUCACAAUUAAGUCAAUAGAAAAACACAAAAUUGGUUUGUGCAUCAACUAACUACUAACUACUGUCAAAGAUUUCUGCAAUGUUACACUUCAAACUUCCGCCUUAUCCAUUAUGAUUCUCCGCUCCACAAACUGUUUUAAUGAAGAGGCACACAACCAAUCAAAAGGUUUGUGCAAAACGUUACACUUCAAACUUCGGUCUUAUCCGCUAUGAUUCUCCACCCCAUGAACUGUUUUUAUGAAGAGGCACACAACCAAUCAAAAGGUUUGUGCAAUACAUUACACUUCAAACUUCGGUCUUAUCCGCUAUGAUUCUCCACCCCAUGAACUGUUUUUAUGAAGAGGCACACAACCAAUCAAAAGGUUUGUGCAUGAAAACCCAAUAUCUACGGUCCACUUCUCCAAAAAGAUUUCUGCAAGGUUACACUUCAAACUUCCGCCUUCUCCAUUAAGAUUCUCCACUCCAUGAACUGUUUUUAUGAAGAGGCACACAACCAAUCAAAAGGUUUGUGCAUCAAAACCCAAUAUCUCCUGUCCACUACUCCCAAAAGAUUUCUGCAAGGUUACACUUCAAACUUCCGCCUUAUCCAUUAAGAUUCUCCACUCCAUGAACUGUUUUUAUGAAGAGGCACACAACCAAUCAAAAGGUUUGUGCAUCAAAACCCAAUAUCUCCUGUCCACUACUCCCAAAAGAUUUCUGCAAUUUACUACACAUCAAACUUCCUUCUCCGCUAUGAUUCUCCACCCCAUGAACUUUUUUUAUGAAGAGGCACACAACCAAUCAAAAGGUUUGUGCAUCAAAACCCAAUAUCUCCUGUCCACUACUCCCAAAAGAUAUCUGCAAUUUACUACACAUCAAACUUCCUUCUCCAAUAUGACUCUCCACCCCAUGAACUGUUUUUAUGAAGAGGCACACAACCAAUCAAAAGGUUUGUGCAUGAAAACCCAAUAUCUACGGUCCACUUCUCCAAAAAGAUUUCUGCAAUUUACUACACAUCAAACUUCCUUCUCCGCUAUGAUUCUCCACCCCAUGAACUGUUUUUAUGAAGAGGCACACAACCAAUCAAAAGGUUUGUGCAUCAAAACCCAAUAUCUCCUGUCCACUACUCCCAAAAGAUUUCUGCAAUUUACUACACAUCAAACUUCCUUCUCCAAUAUGACUCUCCACCCCAUGAACUGUUUUUAUGAAGAGGCACACAACCAAUCAAAAGGUUUGUGCAUGAAAACCCAAUAUCUACGGUCCACUUCUCCAAAAAGAUUUCUGCAAUUUACUACACAUCAAACUUCCUUCUCCGCUAUGAUUCUCCACCCCAUGAACUUUUUUUAUGAAGAGGCACACAACCAAUCAAAAGGUUUGUGCAUCAAAACCCAAUAUCUCCUGUCCACUACUCCCAAAAGAUUUCUGCAAUUUACUACACAUCAAACUUCCUUCUCCGCUAUGAUUCUCCACCCCAUGAACUGUUUUUAUGAAGAGGCACACAACCAAUCAAAAGUGAAUACAAAAUCAUUGUUCAAGUAUCUUCAGAAAAUGUCCCGGCAAAACUCUAAACCGAUGCAGGCAGUCAAUAGUCAAAGAUAUCACAAAUGCAUAACCACAAAAGUAACACAAUUCUAUAUGAAAUGUUGGAUGGAUGGCUUGUAUUAUAUUUGGCCUAUGUACAGCAAACUUAGAUGCCAGCCAAAGGAGGAUGGCUUGCCCCUGCUGAGUCUGGUUCCUCCCAAGGUUUCUCCCUAUACCUCUCUGCUGAUGAUCCUCUUCACUAAUUUAGGGAGUUUUUCCUUGCCACUGUUGCCUUCUGGCUUGCUCACUGGGGUUUUAAGGCACAAUAUUUUCAAUGUAAAUUGUUUGUAAAGAACAAUAAAUACAUGAUGAAUUAGAA